UCUUUUUAUCUCCGUCAACAAGAGAAAACAACAACAAAACGGGGAAAAAGCUUGCGUGCCCCUGGAUCUCAUGAAUCAAUCUCCUAUGGUUGGUUUCGCUUCUUGGUUUCAGAAUCCGCUGGUUUCCUAUCGUUUCUCCCUCAGCUCAGCUCCGGAACCCUCAGCUCCUCCUCCACUCACAGGUUCUCAAUCUUCGUCUGGGCCAGUCGAGUUGCAGGGUACAAUGAGCAAUCACGUGAGAUCAUUGCGCGGAAAGAAUCUGGCAGGUUGUGAUAUACCUGGUAGUCCAGAAGAGAGCUACAAGAUGAUGUAUAACUAUUUGUACAUGUUAGAGCAAGUGAAUCCGGGAACAAAGGCAUGUGUGAAAUUGGAUGAGGGAUCGAAAUUCAAGUACCUCUUUGUAGCCUUGGGAGCUUGCAUUGAAGAGUUUGCAGUUAUGAGAAAAGUGAUAGUUGUGGAUGUGACAUGGCUGAAGAACGGAUAUGGUGGUGUUCUAGUCUUCGCAAAAGCACAAGAUCCUAAUUGUCACGCUUAUCCACUUGCGUUUGCAAUAUUAGAUCGAGAGAAUGAUGAUAGUUGGACUUGGUUUUUUUAGAUGCUUAAAAGUGUUAUACCAGACUCUUCUGAACUGGUUUUCAUGAGUGACAGAAAUAGAAUCCUCAUCUCUGCUAUAGCAAACGUGUUUCCACAGGCUCACCAUGGUCAUUGUUUAUGGCAUUUGAAGGAAAAUGUGAAAGGGCAUGCUUGUAGCGUCAAAAAAGAUAUAGUCGGGCAUAGAUUCAUGGAAUUGGGCAGAUAUUACACGGAGGCUGACUUCAAAUCUGCUUACGAUUCAUUUAAGAUAAGCUAUCCUUCAGCCUACAAGUAUGUUGAGGAACAUACUGAAAAUGACAAAUGGGCAAGAGUUUUUUUUUUCCACGUGACAGGUACAACAUGGAUACAAGCAACAGUGUGGAAUCAAUGAAGAACAUGCUUAAAGAGGCAACGAGGUGGGACUUAAUACCAAUGCUGGAUUACAUCAUCGGGAAAAUCUCUGAUUGGUUCAAUCAAAAUCAGAAGGAUGCUGUUGCUGGAUCAAUUGAUAGCAAACUGGUGCCUCUGGUUGAGCUACGUGUGCGGGAGCUUGAUAGUUAUGAGUUUGAGUAUGAGAUCACCGACACUGAAGGAAAGAUGUUUUUGGCGAGCUUAGUUGGGAAAGGUUGUACUUGCAAGGUGUGGGAUUAUGAAAAGUUUCCUUGUCUGCACGGACUGGCUGCUUACAUAAAUUUCACUACAAACGUUGGCAGGCGCCUUCAUAUCCAUGAGCUGUGCUCAGAAUACUACUGGUCGGAACUGUGGGCAAUGGCAUAUUCCAAGACACUUUAUGUUGUGCCCGACAGGUCUUCUUGGAAUGUACCGGAUUACAUCAAGGAGGUGAAGAUCAUGCCUCCGGAUUGCAUCGCACGGGAGGGAAAGAAAAGAGUUAGAAGUUAGUUAUUUGGAUGUAGGAGUAAUGCAUUUAGCUCUGUUAUCUGUUUAUUUUGUGUUGUACGCUUCGGAAAACUGCGUAAAACUUGGUUAUCUACUUUAUUUUCUAAUGAGAUUAGUAUUAUCUAUAUCAAAACUCGGUUAUCAUAAUAUUAUCUAUAUCAAAUCUCGGUUGUGAUAGUUUUACAUUUGUUUUCUCUAAUAUAAUUUAUAAUUCUAACAAAACUCGGUCAUCACGUUUUUGAAAUUUUCUUCAAACUCGUGAUAUAUUCAUUAUGAAACCUUGUAAUUUUAAUCACACUUUUCAAUGAAGAACUUCUUACAAAGGAAUUUUUCGAGUUAUAUCAAUUACGCCUAUAUUAUUGUACAGAACAAUAUAACUUACAUUUUGAAGUACUAAAAUCGAAAGUAAAACUAAAAAAACAAAUUAAAAAAAUUAGUAACACUAAUUAAAUUAGAAACCAGCAAAAGUAGAACUAUGACCAAAUUUCGUAACACUAGUAUCCUAUGUAUAACUAAGAACAAAUAUUAGGAGGGGAAUGAAAAUUGUUUUGGCAACUAAACAAUAAAAAAAGGAAAAAAAAUUCUUUAUCUCCAAUCUCAUCACACAACAUCGACAGUACCUUCACUUUUUCUUAUCAGUCUCUCUCUCCUCCGAAACACACACACUCUCUCUCUCUCUCUAACUACACAACAACGAAAGUACCUUCACUCUGGAUCAUGGUUGUUGGUUGGAACUGGUAUUCAUUAUCUUCGGUAUAACUAAAACUUCGGUAUAACUAAAAACACACCAGUAUCUUCGGUAUAACUAAGAUCAAAUUUCUGGAGGGAAAUGAAAUUUUUUUUGCCGCUUAAACAUCUGUUUCAAAUAUCUUAUCCAAACACUUGUUCUCAUCUCAACCACACAACACAUCUCUCUCUCUUCCAAUUUCGUGAGUCAAACUGGGGUCCAAUUCCCGAAUCUACCGACCCCACCUAUUACAUCUCUCUUCUCUUCCCUCUUCUCUUCCCUUCUCUUCCCUUCACUUCUCUCUUGUCACCUUUCGAUCUCUUCCCUCCGUUCCUCUCCCUCCCUCUCUUCUCUUCUUCUCAGAUACAAAAAGUGAAGAUGGAACCACAAAAAAUGAAGAUGGAGAAAGUGAAAAUGGAAGUGGCUUCGGGAUCGUCGACGAGGAGGCGAAAUUCGGGUCGGAUAUUCUGUAUUUGUGGCUUCCCGGCGAGUAUAACACAAGGUUGGACUGACAGAAACCCAGGUCGACGCUUUUAUGGCUGUCCGCGUUUUCCCAAUGGAUGCAAUUACUUCUCUUGGUUUGAUGAAGAGGACGGUACAGCUUGGCAAAAACAAGCUUUGCUUGACGCCCGUGAUGAGAUCUGGGAGAAGGCUAGAGUGAUUGAGCAGUUAACUCAAGCCAUCUCAGAAAUGAAAAGCAAUUUCGAGAACAAAGAGACAGUGGAUGACGAAAAUGAAGAUGAGAUUGUUAGAAAGUUUGAAGAAUUCUAUCUUUAAAUGUUUUGGAUUGUCAGAACUUGUUUAAGUGUUUUGCAUUGUCGGAACUUAGAGCUUCAAUCCUAUUUGUUUUAUGUUUCUUUGCUUCGGCGGAUAGGCUUACAAGUCUUUAUUUUGUGGUUGUCUAAGACUUGUAAAAUUCCAAACUUUCGUUUCUUUAUUUUGUGGUUCACGAUAACAUGAAUUUGCAACAUCCCGAAAAUGAGUUUGAAAUUGAAAUUGUAACUGUAAUUGUAAUGGUAACAUCAAGAAAAUUAUAGUUUCAAACUUCUACUAACCGAGAAGCAUAGAGUUUUGCAAAACAAUCAGACAUGAAACAUCAACAAAACAGGAAACAACUCCGGCUUCCUUCACAAACGUAUGGGAACACCGUCGACAAUGAACCACACUUCUCUGAUUGCUUCGAUGGGCUCAAAAUGCUGCAAAUUACAUUUAGUUCUACGUUAGUUAUACCAGUAAUACCAAAUAGUUUUCCCAAAGUUACUAUAGUAUUCUCUAGUAUACCUACCUAUUACUAAUUUUACCAAAUUCUCAAUGUUUCACCGAGUGGUACUAGUAUUACGUAUAGUUAUACCAUAAUUUCCAGGUUCUACACAUCAUCACCAUAAUUCCUAUUUCUAGUUCACCAAGACCAAUUCAAACAAAACUAGGAUUCAAAAUCCAAUCCUAAUUUAGGAAUUCUCCUAUUUGUUACCUCGUCGGCGUCCUCCUCCUUCUCGUCCCCAUCUUUAACUCCUUCCACUACACUUUCCGAACCCUAAUCCUCAUGGACAUCAUCCUCAUUGUCAUUCUCCUCUCCAGAUGUAACUGCCACCGCAGCUCCAACGAGGACACUUAUCGGCUCCGAGAUUACACCAUCUGUCUCCGUCGCCGUUGCUUGUCCCCCUUGCGACCCCUCAUCCGGCAUCUCCAUCAUUUCUUUUAAUUCUAUCGAUUCUCACUCAAAUCGACUUCUUCGACCAAGAAAGGGAAGAGAGGAGAGAAAUAGAAUUAUUUUUUUCAACGGGAAUACGAUUUGAUUUCGUUAAAUCCCAAAUUAAAAUUAGGGUUUCAUUAACCCGGAAUGGGGAAUCGGUCUGGGUUUCCUUCGGUUUUCGUUUGGAUCGCAGUUUGAAUUAGAUCGGAUUGAAUUUCAGUACAACUAGGUAUAACUUGUAAAUAACUGAAUUUUCUUAUUGUUUAAUUUAAUGGUCUUUUACCUACUAUCCUAAUUAAAUAAAGAUAGAAAAUAUCCACGUUCUAUAACAUGGGUCCUUGGAAGAUUGAUUCAUGAGAUUCCUGCCCCUUCCCCCCCCCAACAAAACUAAGAACCAUCGUCUCAAUACAAUGCUUUAUCUACUAAAACAGCUGGUGCUUCUCAUCCAGAGCCGUUGAUAAAUAAGAUUAUUCGUCGAUGAACCCUGUGUCGAAGCGCGAAUCAUUUGCUAUCUCUCUCUCUCUCGGUCUCGCGAUGCCUCUCAGAUUCAAGCCAUCUCGCGUUGUGGGGCUUGUUGACCUUCACAAUCUGCUCUGAAUCUGGCUUAAGAAAUCGAUUCAACCUGAGACGAUGAUACAUGCUUAAGAGAAUCCGUUGUAGAAGCGUGAUAGUCAGUCUCCUCUUUGCAAUCGCAAUGCAGUGGUGGUGGUCGCAGUCGUAGCGGUGGUGGUCGCUGUUGCCGUCAGGUCCAAGCGAAGAAGCGGCGGUGAGGAUGGGUAGAAGAUAGACAAUUUUGUAUUAGGUUUAGGUUCUUUUUUUUUUAUUUGGUUUAGUUUUUUUUAGUAAACCAGAUGUAAUUUGUAAACCAAUUUUAGUUUAUAAACCAAAUUCUUGUUUUUAGUAA